AUGACAGAAAUAGAGGGGAAAGCCUUACGGCCUCACUCAAAGUCCAGAGGCGGCUGCAGAGUUUGCAAACAACGACGAGUCAAGUGCAACGAAGGUCGUCCAAAAUGCGACUCUUGCAACCGCCGCGAAGAACAAUGUGAUUACAUUGACGAGCCGCCUCGAAGCCGAAAGGCAAGACACGAACCAGUACGAAGUCCAUCUUCGGCAAGAUACAAUUCUUCAUCUCCUAUCCACGAACGCCCCCCAUGCCCGCUUGAGGAUUUCAGAGUUGCAAGUUCCCGAGAAACAUCAGAGCGUCGACUACUCGAAAUAAGACUAGUGCACCAUUUCUUAACUUCGACAGUGCAAGAUAACUUCCUGUCUAUUCACGAUAAAACCAUGUCUGAGAUAUGGCUCAGGGUAGCACCUGCUCUUGCUUUGGGCCACCCAUUCCUGAUGCAUUCUAUCCUGUCAAUUGCAGCGCUUCAUAUUACUAAAACUCAUCCGGGCUGCGCAGACAUGAGCAGAACAUAUCGCCUAUAUUUCAACGCAGCACUUAGUCAACAUAGAGAAGCAGUUCGAAAUCUCAACUCGUUCAACGCGGAAGCAGCUUGCAUAUCUGCCAUUCUAAUAUCACUUCCGCCAAUCGCAUUACUACAAGACCCCGAGUUCCAGGAGCCCACUAUGUAUUCGCCCCCAGUCCACAUCUUCAACCUCCUCGCCGGCAACAUCCCCCUCUUCACCUCAGCUCUUCCCUUCAUCUCACCAACAAGCCAAGUAAACACCGUGAUCAACACAACCCCAACACAUCUCCACCAAUCCACCUCCUUCAUCCUCAUUCCCCAUUUCAUGGCCCUCCUCCAGUCCGAUCCCUGUCCAUCCCCGGAAACGCAAUUCGCUUACCAUUCCGCCCUCCAGUACAUAAGCUUCAUCCUCUCGCAAAUCAGCGCCGGGCUCAACUCCAUCCAGCUCCGCGAACUGUGGCUUGCAUUCCCGACUUUCGCACCGCCGCUAUUUGUUGAAGGAUUGAGAACGCGCGAUCCGAAAGCGCUAGUCAUUCUAGCUUAUUUCUUUGUGCUGGCGAGGACGAUGGAUGAUGUAUGGUGGAUGAAGGGAAUUGCCGAGAGGGAGGUCCUGGGUGUUGUCAGUGUUUUGCCCGGGGGGUGGACGUGGGCGAUGGAGUGGGCGAUGGAGAGGUUGGACUUGUGA